AAUUUAAUAAAUUUCCUUGGCAUCCUCAUUAAAGUUUUAGAAAAUGAAACCAACUACUUAGGUAGGCAGUAUACCAAAAAUCAAGGCUUUGGCUUUGAGAGUGCUCCGUUAAUGGCACCUUUUGAAAUUACUCUCAUGGCUACACUGCACGAAAUUGUGGCAAGCAAACGUUUAAAGUGUCCAGCAAAGCGCAACCAGCCAAAAGGCACUCAAGUGACAAAAGUUACAACAAUAACAACAUCAACAACUACAGUAAGCUGAUCGGGGAAACAUAGACAAAUUGUUUGUGCUCUGGCGUAAUGCGUGCCUGGGGCAAUUACAAGCUUCGUGUGGCAGCCAGACAGUUUUUGGGGCUGUGGCGUCUUCACCGAUUGUAACGACAGUUUCGCAAAGACAGUCAUGGCAACAAGUUGGACGCCAAUUGUUUGCCUGCUACUCCUGUUGGGUGUGAGCCAACAAGCAGCUGGCGGAGUGAUGGACAAUGUAAACGAUGGAUUGAAGAUGGCUGGGCAAAUGUUUGGCAUCAAUACAGCGGCCGAUGUGGCCAAUUUGGUGGCCAAAGCAUUCUCCAAGGCAACGACACGCAAGAAACCCGAUUUGAUGAGUGUGCUGCAGCAAGGAUUCGAGUCACAGCGACAGUAUGAUGACGAGGAGGGAGAUCAAGAUGAGGAAGAUCAAUCCAAACAGGAAUCGGAGGCAGAGAAUGCUCAAGAGUCGCCGCCAGUGGAACAAGGAUCGCGACGACAACCCUUGCAACUGAACAGCGUGCAAAUGCUGACCAAUAUGAUGCGCUUGAUUGGCUUUGAUCCUCGCAAACUGGGCGCACUUGCUCUCAAUGCCAUUGUGAUGAUUGCCCAGGCGAUCGGCAGCACAAUUGUUCAGGCUACGCGUGGAGCACCUGAAAGUGAUAAGGAUUCGGGACCUGAGGAACUCUUUGAGCCCAACGAUCAUCAGCCUCGCUCCAUUGUCUCUGGCGGUCCUAUCGAUUGGUUCCUCAAGCGUCCGGGCGCAAACACAAAACGCAUGCUGCGUCGCAUCAUGGAUCAACAGUUGCCCGAGCACAUUGUCGACAUGAUCGAAUCGAAGGAGACGCCCGAUGGCAACGAAGCCGCCUGCUUAAAGCUGCUGAUGUGCAAGAGUUCCCCCAUUAUUUGGGGCAUGCAGAACUCCCUGAAGAAGCGUCUUGCAGGCGAACCUGACGAUGACCAGGACAGUUACAUGAAUGCAAAUGCGUUCUUCAAGUAUUUGCCCAGCUGGGACGAGUACAAGCAGCAUGGCUUAAGCUGUGAGAAUCGAUUUUCCAAGUACUGUCCACGGAAUGGAACUUUAGGGAAACUCUAAUUAUAGGUCUAAAAUCGGUUAAAAUAUAUGGUUCAGCUUG